AUGUCGGGCGAAGGCCAAAGAGAGAUACCUGGGUUUUAUUAUGAUGAACAAAGACGGAGGUAUUUUGCAGUGCCCACAUCGUCGCAUGUGGCCGAGUUCAACUCGCAGGAGAUACAUCAGCUUGAUAGCAGGAUCAAACGCAAAAGGAGGAAACAGGAAAAGCAUGCCAUACCCAAUAAUGAAAAACUGUCACCCGGGAGAGUGAAACAGGAUGAGUACUUUGCUAAACUUGAAUGCAUGCAGGCAAAAGCUCAAAAGAUAGGCAUCACUCAUAAGUUUUUCCAGAAUAUACUAAGUAGACGAUCCAACUCAAUAACGUGUGAUAGGGGCUUUCAAACCGCACAACUUACACAUCGCAUCUACGUAUCAGUACCAGCACACAAUACUAUCAGCGGGAUGCGGUUAGCCUUCUUUGCAACAAAAAAUGAUUUCAAUUUUUACGGAAUGCUGUUUUACUUGAAGAAUAAUGACUCCCAGCACCUAUUGUUUGACUCCAAGGUGAAAAGAGUGCUACAAGAGGAUUCUAAGCCUAAUUAUGAAGAUUUGAAAUCAACCGUAAUUAGUCACCUCUAUCCAGUCAGGCCGUCGGACCUGCCCAGGUAUGCUGAGGGUUGCAAUGGAUUUUUAGUCUUUGAUGGACACCGAGCUCCUGACCCAAGCAAUAAUCUGUUGUUUGUGAUCUCCGAGACGUCUUACUGUUUAAGCACGGGAAAUCGAUCCAUAAUACGUAUAAAAGGUCAAAAGGAUAUCUGCGUCAACUCGGAUGUUACGUGUAUACAUAAUUUGCAUGGCACCAUCGGAUAUGGAUGCCGUAACGGAGAAGUUGUAGUUGUGAUACCUAAUGGGAAACAAGUUAAGAUAAGGCUUCUUUUGCCAGUAUGUGGCCUAGUGUUGAUGAAUAUUAAUAAACAGCUCUACUGCGUGGUAUCAAAUGUGGAUAGCAAACUUACAAGUUAUAUCGUCAAUACAACUGAUUACAGAGCUGAUGAGUAUCUCUCUUACUAUGACUAUAAUUGGAGUUGGAGACUAUCGAACAAUAUCAAAAAUGACCCUCUUGUGGAAGGCAUUUUUUGCGUCGAAUCGGAAACUUCCGAUUCGCAAAAUUUAGAGUUACUCUUCUACAGUGUGUUUUGCCCGAAACCGCUGAAGAUGAGGGCUGCAUCUUUCAUCAUCGGAAAUACAAAUAAAUCCGAAACGGAAUGGGCACUUUUCAACAAGAAAUUGGCAGUUUUUUCUGAAAAGUAUCAAUGCGUACGUAUAUACCAAGCCCCGCAAAUUUAG